ACCAAUAAAUCAAAAAUUAUUUUAUAAAACUUUUAAACCAGCAUUUAGCUUGCAGAAUUUAAUUUGAAUAAAUGUUUUUAUGAAAACGGACAACUGUCAAUUGCCGUGAAUUCUGUUCAAGGUUAAAAUGGAUUUCAACAAUGAGAUGAUUUUAAUGCGAAAAGAUUUGAAACGCGCAAAAGUUCAUGUGAUUUCAAAGCUGGUUCGAAGGAAUAAAAGCCUUAAAAGUAAAAAUGCUCCAGAACACUUGAAACAGAAAAAUAUUUCACGUGCUAAUCGUCUUUUACAAGAAAUUGAAAUAAUCAAGGAUAUGAAACCUGAUGUAAUAUUCAAACACCUCGUCACAAAUGAUCGGAGCGGAAACUUGGAUGAAAUGGCGUUGCGUGUUUUGUCCAGGAUUGGUACAAUCUCAUUCAUCGAGCCAAAAAUAUCACAGCUUAAAUUGCUUCUACACGAUUUUGAAGCAAAUCGAAAAAAAGAAGAAGUUUCUCUGAAUGCCGAAUCUGCUGUGUUAGAAAAGUCAAGUGAGUUGCCGUGGAGACAAACAAAUGUUGUAAAACAGCCAGAAACCAAUCAAAAUAUUUUACCCCAUCCAGAAAAAUGCAAAACGGUUUUAUCGCUUUCUGAAAAAGUUUUUGAAAAUCUGGGGGAAAAGUUUCUCGAUGAAAAUGAAAUUGUUGAUGAUUUAUCUCAAGACCCUUUCUUCAAGGGAGAAGAUACGUUGGUGAGUGGGAGUUGUGCAACGACGCUUAGCGAAGAUAUUUCUAAAAGUUUGCUUAAAGUAAAGAAAGAUCGUAAACGUAACCGACCUGGUCAAAAUGCAAGAGACAAACUUUAUGGUAAAACUAACUCCAGUAAAAAAGGGAAACCCAAGAAAGUUAAAACAAAGGAAUCGGUUUCACUUCAUCCUUCGUGGCAAGCAAGCCAGGUUAAAAAGAAAGAAAAUAUCAUCCAAAAAUUUCAAGGGACUAAAAUUCGAUUCUCCGAUAGUGAAUAAUGCUAAGGCUUGUUUUGGUUGUCUUUAAAUAAAAGGAACACUCGGUGUAU